CUAAAAGGCUUUAGCCGCUAUUUUCUAUAGAAACAAACAUACAAACAUGUAUAAGGUAGCAAGUGCGUCGCAAUACCUUGUGAUCACCGGCGCUGGAAUCGACGACAUUAAGCUAGCUAAAAAAUCAUGGAUUUUCCCCGGCCAAUCCUACACCGUCUUCGACCUCUCCCCGGUGAAUUACACCUUCGAAGUCCAAGCCAUGAGCGCCGAGAAGCUCCCCUUUAUUCUCCCAGCCGUCUUCACCAUCGGUCCCCGAGUCGACGACAAGAGCAGCCUCCUAAAAUAUGCCAAGCUUUUGUCGUCCCAUGACAAGCUCUCAAACCAUGUCAAAGAGCUCGUACAGGGUAUCAUCGAGGGCGAGACUCGCGUCCUCGCCGCCUCAAUGACAAUGGAACAGAUUUUCAAGGGCACAAAAGAGUUUAAGAAAGAGGUUUUCGAGAAGGUCCAGCUCGAACUCAACCAGUUCGGGCUUUUGAUCUACAAUGCAAAUGUCAAACAGUUAGUGGAUGUUCGUGGACAUGAGUAUUUCUCUUACUUGGGGCAGAAGACUCAGAUGGAAGCUGCUAACCAGGCCAAAGUCGAUGUGGCGGAGGCGAAGAUGAAAGGAGAGACCGGAGCGAAGCUCCGGGAGGGACAGACACUCCAGAAUGCGGCGAAGAUCGACGCGGAGACGAAGAUCAUAUCGACGCAGAGGGUGGGUGAGGGGAAGAAGCAGGAGAUUAAGGUGAAUACGGAGGUGAAAGUUUAUGAGAACGAGAAGGAAGCGGAGGUGGCUUUGGCGAACUCGCAACUAGCGAAGAAAAAGGCUGGGUGGGCGAAGGAAGCUAAGGUUGCAGAGGUGGAGGCAAACAAGGCGGUGGCUCUGCGAGAUGCGGAGUUGCAGAAAGAGGUUGAGAGAAUGAAUGCCAUGACAAGGACUGAGAAGCUCAAGGCUGAGUUCCUUAGCAAAGCCAGUGUUGAGUACGAAACCAAGGUGCAAGAGGCUAAUUGGGAUCUCUACAAUAAACAAAAAGCAGCAGAAGCAAUUCUAUACCAAAAAGAGAAAGAAGCCGCUGCAAGGAAAGCAACAGCCGAAGCAGAACUCUACGCACGGCAACAGGCGGCGGACGGAGAGUUCUAUGCGAAGAAAAAAGAGGCGGAGGGACUGGUAGCGCUGGGACAAGCUCAAGGCGUAUAUUUGCGCACCCUUUUGGAAGCUCUGAAAGGUGAUUAUGCUGCGCUGAGGGACUACUUGAUGAUCAACAGUGGAAUGUUUCAGCAGAUUGCCAAGACCAAUGCUGAAGCCGUCCGUGGUCUUCAACCCAAGAUUAGCAUCUGGACUGGUGCUGAUGGCAGCAGUGGCGGUACCAGUAGCGGCGCUGCUAAUUCCGCCAUGAAAGAUGUGGCCGGAGUUUACAAGAUGUUGCCGCCACUGUUCAAGACUGUUGAGGAGCAGACAGGAAUGCUUCCACCUACUUGGAUGGGCACUUUGGCUCGUGACUCUGCUCAUUCCAGCUAACCAUCAAGUAAAUAAUUAGGAAUUGAGAGCUCUUUUCUUUUUAUUUUAUUUUUGUUAUAUCGCUAUUUUUCUUGUACUUGGGGUUUUAGGAUGUUUAUUGUUGUUUACACAGAUUUAAUGGUUUGAUUUAUUAACAACUAUAUAUAUAUUAAAUAUUUCUUAAUAGUUACAUGAUAUUUCUCUAAAUUCUUUUCUAAACGACAUGAGGAAGAAAAAAAAAAUUGAGACAGAUUUGUCAGUAACUCGUUUUUGGUUACCAAGAUCUGAAAAAAUGGUGAAUCUUUUAAUUUAGUUUUUUCUUUUUUCACUUAGGAAAUUUGGUUUUUGUUCAUGUCAAAAAGAUUUGUCCAUGACCCAAAAAACAAAAUACAAUAAAAGGAUUUGUCAAUAUCCUUAAUUAAUUUAUACAUAGUUCAUAAUCUUUUGUUAGUGUAUAUUUAAAUAUUCCAUGUUAAUCGUUUCUAUUAAAUUAUCAAGCUCGGUCGUGUAAUAAUUGUGUCUUGCCGUAGAGGUGUAAUAUACAUAAAAACAUAAAAUCGAUUUAUUAAAGCUAAAUUAUUUUGUUUCAUAAAACAUAAAACAAUAUUAAAAAAGGUUUAAAUAAAUUAAAUCAUAGACAACCAAUAAUCACAUUCAUAAUUUAAUAAAAAUUUUGACAUAUUAUAUAUUUGAGUAAUGCUAUUUGCACCAUCAAAAUUUCUUUUUAAAUUGUUUUUUAUUACUUAGAUUACUUUAAAACCCUUUUGACCUUUUUUUUUUUUUUUUUUUUGUACAAUUUUUAAAAUUAGUCCAAGUUUCUAAUUUUUUUACAUCAGAAGAA